CCACACCCGUUUAAUCUGAUACCUGCGAUACUAACCUGUUACCUGAGACAGAAUCAAAAUCACCUACAAGUACCGUGGGUUUACAUGUAGACAUAGAAUUUGUGAUGGUAACUGGCUUUUAACAGUAAAAUACGGAGUACACAGUGUGCAAAGCCGUGAGAGCAAAGGCAAACCAUAAAAGUUAAUUAGGCUAUACUGUACUAGGGACUGGUAAAUUUCCAUUCAGCUGAAAAACAAAACAGGCUCAGGCUCAGACCAUGGCAUGGGAGAUCUAUCCUUAAGACAAACAACUUCAUUGACGUGUGUUUCCUGUAAUGUGAUGUUUCGAUAGUUAUGGUUAUGUGCUGGCAGUCCUCACAACAGUUGUCAUGGAUGACACUAGUGCACUGCAUGUGUGGUUUUGAAGUGAAAUCAGUUGCGGUUUCCAACACAAAGUGUCAUGACGUCAUCAUUGCAUUUAUGAAACGUGAGUCAGGAUUUCUGGUCUAGUUUGACAAGAACAGAGGAUGAAACAAAAGUGGGAACAGCCAGUGGAGCAACAGCCAGUUAAGCGUGGAUUUUACUGUUAAAACACUGAUGAGUCAAGACAGAAAGAAAAGCCAUGUUCGAUAUCUACAGGAAAGUGCCCAAAGAUCUCACCCAGCCAACCUAUACGGGAGCUUUCAUUUCAAUAUGCUGCUGCGUCUUCAUGCUGUUCCUGUUUCUCUCAGAACUUACGGGAUAUAUAAGCACAGAAAUAGUAAACGAACUGUAUGUCGAUGACCCUGAUAAGGACAGUGGUGGGAAGAUAGAUGUGAGUUUAAACAUCAGUUUGCCAAACUUACACUGUGAUUUGGUGGGUUUGGACAUUCAAGAUGAGAUGGGACGUCAUGAAGUGGGCCUCAUAGAGAAUUCAAUGAAGGUGCCUCUCAACAACGGUUAUGGCUGCCGCUUUGAGGGAGAAUUCAUUAUUAAUAAAGUUCCAGGAAACUUUCAUGUGUCGACACACAGCGCGACCGCUCAGCCUCAGAACCCUGAUAUGACCCACAUCAUUCACAAACUGUCUUUUGGGCAGAAGCUGGAGGUGCAACAUGUUCAGGGUGCUUUCAAUGCUUUGGGUGGAGCCAACAAACUUCAGUCCAAUGGUUUGGCAUCCCAUGAUUACAUUCUCAAGAUCGUCCCCACGGUUUACGAGGAGCUGGGGGGAAAUCAGAGAUUUUCUUACCAGUACACAGUGGCGAAUAAGGAAUAUGUGGCAUACAGCCAUACAGGACGCAUUAUACCUGCGAUCUGGUUUCGCUAUGACCUCAGUCCAAUAACAGUAAAGUACACCGAGAGGAGACAGCCGUUAUACCGCUUCAUUACCACAAUAUGCGCUAUUAUCGGCGGCACGUUUACAGUAGCGGGCAUCAUUGACUCCUGCAUAUUCACAGCCUCGGAAGCCUGGAAGAAAAUUCAGAUCGGGAAAAUGUCAUGAGUCUUACUGAAGAUCUGCCAGCCAAACCUCUGCAUCCCAUCAGUUUUCCAACAUUUGGAAUUUCUCAAAAAUCGUAUUAAAUGGACUUCUCCGUUUAUUUCCUACACUAAAUUAUAAGGAUUUGCUGAACUCUAGGAGGUGAUUUCUCUAUCUGGCGGCCACAUUCAGUGUUUUAUAGGAUUUAUGUGGAAAGAACUUGAUUUCCACUCAUAUGAAGGACUCCAGGGUUUUCUCGUUCAAACAGAGAGUUUUAAAGGAAUACUUUAAGUGUUAAAUGUGGAGAAUGAUGUCACUUUAGAUCUAUCAUAUUGAAAUGGUUUACAUGAAUUUUACUUUAAGAUUUCCAACCAGUUCCUUUGGCCUUUGUACAACAGUCAAGUCAUGAAUUACAUUAUAUAUUUGAUUGUAUAUGUGCCUUUAUAGGAACCAAGGUUUAUUAAGUCUUUCUUUAUCUAUUGAAAACUAUCAAGGACUCCAGGUCAAUCCCAAAGCUAAAGAUAUCAAUUUUUGCAUAAUAAAGUUUAAAUCUGUUUUUAACUAUUAUGAAUUAUUUUUUAGUAUUUUCAUGACAGGUGCGUAUGGUUUUUUUCCUUCUAAAUUCUCAUUACCACAAUGCAAAAGACGCCAUAGGUUAAAUAGUAAAGUUUUUGGGGAAAUAGUGGUUUGAGUUUUGUCAUGUUCUCUGUCAGCGUGGGUUUACUCCGGGUACUUCAGUUUCCUCCCACAGUCCAAAAACAUGCAGAUUUGGCGAAUUGGAAAUGUCAAAUUGGCAUUCCCUCAACAUGUGUGUAGAUGAACUUUUGUGGAUCAACUGGUUCUCAUCAUGAAUAUAACCAUAGAUCCUGGAAUGCCGUUAAGAAUAAAAUAAAGUUUUAAAGUACAAUUUUACUAUGUUUUUACUGUAAUACAGUACAAACUACUGUAUUUCAGUAAAUUAUAAAAUCUGAUAUGAUCACUGUUGAGAAUAAUAAACAUCACAAAAAAGCCUAUAUUACGUCAAUCUAUUGGGGAAUUUGGGAGAAAAAAUUGUGCUUAUCUGUUGUUGAAAUAUUUGUUGUAGAAAACCUUUUUGUUUAAGUACGCUUCAUUUUCUUUAGGCAAAAUAUUCUUUUUUUUUUUUUGUUUUUGAGUAAAUGUGACCAGGACAGGUUUUCAUGGGAUUCACCCAGUUGAUUUUUAAAGCAAUGCAUGAUGGACUUUUUUGAGAAGUGUUGAUGUAGUAUACGCUGGGUUUUGUUUUUACAUUCUUUACAGUAAUGCCUGCAUCAUCCUAGAUGUAUAUUUAAGUUUCUUCUGUAGUUUUAUGUAAAGCUUUCAACUGAGGGGAAAUUUCAAAUACUUUCCUGUUUAAACAAUCUUGAAUGAAGGCUUUUUAUAGGCUACCUUACUGAUGAUUUAAUUUCCUCUGUCUAUAUAUGUUUAUUGGUUAAACUUUUAUUUUGAAAAGUGUGCUGGGAAAUGUCUCAUUAUCUUCCUGUCAAGUGUUCAUUUCUCAUCAUUGUUUGAGUAUUUUGUGAAACCUGUUAUACUGGAUUGAGUGUUUAAAGUUUCAUAUGUAGUAUGUGCCGUAUUGAUGCCUAUAGCACACUUAACGUGGCAACAAGUGUAUUUACACUACAGUGACAACAGAAAACCACAAC